AUGGGGCAUGCACACUUGGAGUCUGGAGGCGCUCGGUCCAGGCGGGAUCUCUGCUUUGACCAGGCUGCUGUCUUCAUCGAAGAUGCGAUCCAGUACCGCUCCAUUAACCACCGCAUGGACGCCAGGUCGAUGGGGCUUUACCGCUUGUAUUACUCAAACGUGAGCCAAUGGAUAUUGAGCUUCACCAUUUUCUUGAUCCUGUUUUUGGCUUUUAUCGAGACCCCUUCCUCGCUCACUAGCACUGCAGACGUCCGCUACCGCUCGGCCCCCUGGGAUCCACCCUGUGGCCUCACCGAGAGCGUCGAGGUGCUCUGCCUGCUGGUCUUUGUGGCUGACGUCUCUGUGAAGAGCUACCUGGUUGGGUGGGCCCAGUUCCGGAUGAACCUCUGGCUGCUGGCCUACCUUGGAGUGCUGGUCGUGUCUCUCAUGGACUGGAUCGUGUCGCUGAGUCUGGUUUGCCAGGAGCCCCUGCGGAUUCGGAGGCUUUUGCGCCCCUUCUUCUUGAUGCAGAACUCGUCCCUGAUGAAGAAGACGCUCAAGUGUAUCAGGUCUUCGCUGCCGGAAAUGGCCAGUGUCCUGCUGCUGCUGGUGGUCCACCUGUGUGUCUUCACCAUGUUCGGGAUGCUGCUCUUCACAGGCGAGAAGGGCGAUGGGCAGGACCGGGAGAGGCUGAUGUACUUUCACAACCUGCCGGAGGCUCUGACCUCCCUCCUGGUGCUGCUGACCACCGCUAACAACCCCGACGUUAUGACUCCUGCGUAUUCCAAGAACCGGGCCUAUGCUAUCUUUUUCAUAGUCUUCACCCUGAUAGGUGAGUUCCGACAGAUCUGUAGGGGUCCCUUGGGACAAGAUCCUGCCCCCGAUGGCAAGAUCACAAAUGCUCAGAUGUGA